CAUCAAAUAAUAAUAUCAAAUUUAAAGAUUUCGAUGAACAGCUUCUUCCGUCUCACUGAACUUGAAUUAAAUUGAAUGUGAGAGUUGCAUAUAUAAUUCAUCAGCUUAUAGGAAACUUGCCAUUGGGAAACUACUCUUUGAUAACGGAAAAUGGAAAUAUUUAUGAAGUUUUUACUCCUUCUGGUCUCGGCAACUGGAGUGAUGUCACUGACCUUGCAUGAAAUAGACACAGAAUGGUUCUCUUUCAAAGUGAAAUUUAACAGGACAUAUGAUACCAGGACUGAGGAAAAUUAUAGGUACACCGUGUUCGCUGAAAAUCUAAAAUCCAUCAUCGUACAUAAUAUGGAUGCGGACAAGGGACGCUACACUUACUGGUUGGGCAUAAACCAGUUUUCUGAUUUGACAUCCAGAGAGUUCAACAUAAUCUAUGCAAAUCUGAGAAUUGAUGCAAAUGUACCACAGAGACAUACGUAUGCAAAGAAUAAAAUGAAACAGGACAACAAGCACGUAUCAUUGCCAAUAGAAAUUGACUGGAGGGAGAAAAACUGUGUGACACAUGUUAAAAAUCAGGGUUCAUGCGGAAGCUGUUAUGCCUUUGCAGCUACUGGAGCUCUUGAGGGUCAGAAAUGUCUGAAAAAUGGCGAGCUAGUGUCUCUGUCAGAACAGAAUAUUAUAGAUUGCACGAGCAACGACGAAUACGAAAACCAUGGCUGUAAAUAUGGGAACAUAGACAACACCUAUUUGUAUGUAAUGUUCAACGGGAUAGACACAGAGAAAAGCUAUCCGUACAAAGGAUCGAUUGGUACAUGCAAACAGGGGCGAGGGGUUAAGGCGGUAAAGGAGAUUUUUGAUUACGAGACUAUUGACAAUGAUGUGGCUGAGCUUCAGAGAGCAGUAGCAGAAAUUGGUCCUAUCUCGGUUUAUCUUGACAUUGACACGGAGAGAGAAAUAAACAAGUUUCAGCAUUACCAAUACGGUGUGUUUGACAACAGUGAAUGUGGAAAUAAGCCGAAAGAUCUCAAUCACGCUGUACUGGUAGUUGGAUACGGCGAAACACCAGAAGGUCAAGGUUACUGGAUCAUCAAGAAUAGUUAUGGUACAGCCUGGGGCAUUGAGGGCUAUAUGAAGAUGGUGAGAAACGGACGAAACACAUGUGGAAUAGCAACUCGUGCAAGCUUUCCAAUCGUUCCAAACGACAACAGUUGACUUACUUUCUGAAAAAUGUUUGAAUGUAUGGUUUGCUUGUAUGAUGCCGGCGUAAUUUCAUGUUAUUUGGUUCAAAAUUACAUAACUUGCUAGAAACAAUACACAAGAAAUAUACACUGUAUUCAUUUGAAAUUCGUACAUAUCAAAAAAAAUCUGUAAAAAGAUCCUUUGGAAGAAUACAAUGCAACCAAGAAGAAUAAUACCUGAGGCUCGGUUUGAGUUUGUUCAUGAGAGGUACUGAAAUGUGCAACAUCUCUCGCGAUCCAAGUCAUGUUGGUUAGGUACAGAAACGACAUAUUCUGAUUUAUCAACCAAGCGGCUAGCGGAUUAGGAAGAUUGAAAGAAGUCUGAUAGCUUUAUCUUAUACUAUAUUUAUGAACAUUCUCAAUUAGACCCUUUUGUAUUUCACAUACAUGUAUCUCCUAAAUUAUAUGUUUAAUCUUGUAGACAUUCUAAAACUUUGUUACACCUAACCAGCUGCUUCCAAUAACUGCUUUUCACUUUAAUAUAAUGCUACUUAAAAAUCUGACAAUGGGUAACAUAUCCAAAAUGACGGACCAGCAUUGAUCGUAGUUAAGUGAACAGUUUUAACAUGUCAAAAUAUACGUAGGAGAGAAACCCUUUAAAUGUGAUAUUUGCCUUUAUGUAAUAAUAGUCUUCAUGCAAAGAGACAUAUGAGCGUAUAUGCAAGAGAGAAUCUGGGUUUAAAUAUGAUAGUAGUGAUCAUGCAUGUAAUAACAAUGUAAUAACAGUGGUGGUUUGAAGACACAUGUGAGAAUAAAUACAGGAGAGAAUUUUUGAAUGUGAUGUGCCAUACAGGCUGUCCAGUACGAAUUCGAAUAAAACUGGAACUCAUUUUAGCUCACCUGUACCAAAGGCUCAAUGUGAGCUCUUGUGAAUUGGCCAAAGAAUUGAAAUCCAUGCAGAACUUUGGUUGCCAUGGCAACCGAAAGGAAAAUCUUUAAAAAUCUUCUUGUCAGAAACCGUUAGCCUGAUUUCAAAAAUAUUUUGUAGAAAUGAUCUCUAGAGGACCCUCUACCAAAAUUGCCUAAGCCGUUCCGUUUCAAUGAAAAACAUGGCCGCCAGGGGGGCGGAGCUUAUUUUCCCUAUACAGCUAUAUUAAAAAAUUCAAAUAUCUACUUCAUCAAAACAACUGGGCAGAUUUACACUAAACUUCACAGAAAUUAUCCUUGGGUGAAUCCCUAUCAAAAUUGCCCAAAGAAUUGAAAUCCAUAUAGAACUCUGGUUGCCAUGGCAACCGGAAUGAAAAACUUCUUGUCCAAAACCACGGUAGCUAGGGCUUUGAUAUUUAGUUUGUGGCAUCAUCUAAUGGUCCUCUACCAAGUUUGUUCAAAUUAUCCCCCUAGGAUCAAAUAUGGCCUCGCCCUGGGGGUCACAUGGUUUGUAUAGACUUAUAUUGGGAAAACUUUGAAUAUCUUUAUUACAAAAUCACAUGGCCUAGGGCUUUGAUAUUUGGUAUGUAGCAUCAUGUAGCAGUCCUUUACCAAUAUUGUUGAAAUUAUCCACCCUUGAGUCAAAACUGGCCCCGCCCCGGGGGCACAUGGUUUGAAUAGAAUUGUAUAGGGAAAAAUCUUUUUAAAAAUAUUGUCUUAAACCAUAAGGCCAAGAUUAGAUAUUGAUUAUGUGGCAUUCUCUAGUGGUUCUCUACCUAGAUUGUUCAAAUCAGUUGGAUAGCUUCUUCACAUGAAAUAACACCCAGGUGGUCCCUUGUUUUACAUAAACUUAUUUGCUUUAAAGCAAUCGCAAAGGAAUUUGGACCAAAAGUAUAAUGUUUGAUACAGAUUUCAACACUCCAUUUCAAUAGUCUUAUUCAUGACCUACUGGCCUACUUUCUCAUUUUUGAAGUUACCACAUAGAAAUUUGGACCACAUAUAUAAUUUUCGAUACAGAUUUCAAAAUUCAUAUUGAAUAGUCUUAAUGAUGACCUACUGACCUACUUUCUUGUUUUUGAAGGUACAGCACAGAAAUUUAGACCACAUUUAUAACUUUUGAUACAGAUUUCAAUACUCCUCUUUAAUAUUCUUAACCCUGACCUACUGACCUACUUUCUUGUUUCUGAAGUUACAGCAAAGAAAUUCGGACCACAUUUAUAUCUUUUGAUACAGAUUUAAAUACUCGUCUUUAAUACUCUUACCCCUGACCUACUGACCUACUUUCACGUUUUUGAGUUACAGGAUAGAAAUUUAGACCACAUUUAUGAUACUGACCAAUGGGAAGUUUGCAUUCUGAGACUGGUGUCAUUACUUAGUUUUAAUAUCUUUAAGCCAGUUUCUUAAAUAAUUUUAUACAAUCUAUCAGUGAUGUUAUGACAUGUAAACAUGUUCACAGAAGAAGUUUUUGUGUGAACUGCAAUGAUCUGUACUCUGUACUGUAUUUUAUUAUUUAUACAAAAUUUGAUUGAUGAGUAUCACAGUGUUGUAUGUGCAUGAAAAAAAUAGUUUGUACAUACAAACCUUUGAACUAAUUUUUUCAAACUAGCUUACAAUGAGUGGCCAGACAGGGUAAAUGUCUAUUCUGUUUUGUUGUAAUCAUAAUACUUUAUAUGUACACAAGUAAAAUGAAUAAAAAGAUCAGUUUAUAUAAAGCA